UAGACUGAAAAUUAGGACAGCGGGAACGAAAAUUUGGUCAGUGGCAGUAACGGCUCUUUCGACGUUUAAAUCACUCCCUCCGUCUUAUUUCAAAUUAAUCGACAACCAUUUGGAAUAAAAAAAAAUCAUAAUUUUAUAACCGCCCGUUAGAAAUCACGGUCAUCAUUUCCGGCAAGUGAUGGCCCGAACGAAGCACCCUGCCAAACGUACCUCCGGUCACCGCUCCCGAGGUCCCCCUCUCUCGGGAACUCCGAGACGAAGAAGUACUGCUACCCCGAGAGAGGCAGAUGCACAGGGACAACAACAGCGAAAGCCCCACAGAUUUAGGCCUGGUACCGUGGCUCUUCGUGAGAUUCGUAAGUUUCAGAAGACUUGGAACCUUCUAAUUCCUGCUGCUCCGUUUAUCCGCACUGUUAGGGAGAUUAGCUUCUACCUGGCUCCCUCAAUCACACGUUGGCAAGCUGAAGCACUAAGAGCAAUUCAAGAGGACUCAAUUUACCAAUAUACAAAAUCUGUGCUCUACAAAUCUGUUUUUGUGCUUGCAGAGUUGCAGUAAUGUUCUGAGUGGAGUAUCUUAGUCCUGCAAACCUUUCCACUAAACUCACGCCAACACAAGUCACUACUUACAUCGUUGCAUAUUUAAAUGUCUUAUUAAGUUUUUUAGUUACUUUUUAGGUCUUUUACAAGUUAAAUUCCAAAAAACACCUCCCAGACACGAUAAAAGUGGUAUUUCUCUUUAUAUCUUUAAGAUUUAUUACAAAAAGUGGUGUUUCUCUUGAAUCCACGAUUGUUCUUCCUUAUUUUCUGCUGAAAUUCUCACGGCUACUUGUUUGUGUUUAAAUUCAAUGAUAUAAAUUGGAAUCGCAUAUCUGAAUUGCCCUAAUUGUUUAGGUUCAUAUUGAAUGAUAAAUUGAUAACAAGUGGUGUUUUUCUUUAUACCUAUAUGAAAAUUUCUUUCAAAUCCAUGAUUUAUACUUCCUUAUUCUCUGCUGAGAUUCUUGCGGCUACUUGUUUGGGUUUAGAUUUUAUGAUAUUAUUUGGGCUUGUAUUUCUGAAUUUCCUUUGUUGUUUGGCUUCAUUUUACUUGAAUUCUAUGUGUUUAAUUGAGCAGUUUAUGUUGAGUGUGGUAUUUUCAAGAACUGGCUCAAGAAAACCGGAAUCAGAACGGAUCAACUAACUUCAAUUAAAGACACAGGAAAAAUACAUAAUUCAAACGAUUAGGACAAGUAAAAGAUAAUUCAAAUAAUUUCAUUCGAUCAUAUAUGCAUUUUAGCUGGCCAGCAGCAAUUCUAUACUGUGAGAAUUCAGAUUCUAAAUUGUAUGUUUUUUAGUAAAGGUACUGUUCAUUUUGAAGUAGUAUUAUAUUAAUGAUAUUCUUUGAGUUCUCUUGAAAUAUUCUGGGAAUCUAAUAUACUUGCAAAAGAUAUACUUUUACUUAGAUGUAGCCAUCUUUGCAGGCAGCAGAGGAUUUUAUCAUUCAUCUAUUUGAGGAUGCGAUGCUAUGUGCAAUUCAUGCAAGACGUGUCACAGUUA